AUGGCAGAAACCCGAGUCAAGGCCGCGCCGGUUCGGGCUGGGUUCGCGCAGGCCUGUGACGCACGUCGACGGCGCAAGGUGCGAUGCGAUCGUAGCGAGCACUGCAAGAAUUGUGUGCACGCUGGCCUUCCAUGUGUCUACAGCGAUCGCAAGGAUGCUGCAAGGUCACGGAUGUCUAUCGUUCGAGGAGGAGUCAUUGCAAUGUGUAAAACCGCGAAAGACCAGCAACGGCAUGCGUCGGUGACAUCAAUCAGGACGAACUCGACUAGUACCAGCACCCAAGCUCUGCUGUCCAUGUUCCCCAAGACUUAUUUUUUGGAUCUCAUCAACGACUACUACACGUACGUGUUCCCUACGGUCCCCGUCAUUGGGCGCGAGGAGUUUCGGCAAGCAAUCAGGAAUAUGGCCUGUUCCAACCACGAUACUGCUCUGGUGUUUUGUCUGGCGGCCCAAACCAUUUACCUAUCUCGUGCCUUCAGCUCGCGGCCUCCAGUCACCAAGGACGAUGUCAGGACACUGUUCGAGAUGACCUUGCGAGCCCGAGAACCCUUACUCAGCGUGCAGCAAAUAACCUCGGCUUCGGUGCUGGUAUCCCUACUCGUAUCUACAGGUAUGAUUGACACGUUCAAAGACCAGGCCAUGGGGACGUACUAUAAUCGAGAGGCCAUCGCUGGCCUGCAGGCGCUGCGGGUUGACGACAGCGAGCAUCAAAGCUCUUUGGAGCCACAGGUCGCGGCUCAAAGGGAACGUCUCUACUGGAUCGUCUUCAUCCACGACCGAUACCACUCGUUGCAGAACGACCAGCUGAGCAACCUUCCUCCAUUGGCCUUCUGUACACCGCAGGGUCUCGGUGACGUGCCACCCGACACAGACACAUGGCUGGAUCAGGAGGUCAGACUCUUCAGGGUCGUGGAUGACGACUUCCUGCGCUUCCACAAGGACAAAGGUGAUCCCCGCCUCACGCGCGAGUGGAUCGUCGAGAAACAACUACAGCUGGGCAGUGACGCUGAAGCGUGGAUCCAGACGGUCCAGCAAUUUUCUGAACUGCAACAGAUGGACCUGAUUGUCACGAAUUACUGGUUGCGGACUGUGCUCUGGCGCAUAGCCUUGUUUCGGUUCCCAUUGAUGUCCAACCAGGGAGAUGCCCACCAGCGAAUCUUGACCUUGGAAUAUCCGAUGCACUUGUCCCGUCCACUCAGACAUCUCUUGACCACCAGAUCCCGAGCUGCAGUAGAGUUUCAUGGAGAGGGUAUGCUGCAGAAAUUAUUUGACAUUACCUGCACCGUGGCAGACGUUUUGCUGAAUGUGCUGGCCCACACGUGGGAUGUCGGAACAAGGUCAGCACAGUUAGAAAACUUCGUUUUCCUCCACGCAUUCCUACUCGGUAUGUCCAGUUUGCCAGAAGCGAAGAGACGUGUACUACACGAAAAGAUGGGGGAAGUGCAAACAGUCUUCCCAGAAAUGGGUUGA